AUGGAGGACGGCAUGAUCUCGCCGUUACUUCGCUCGGACAGUCGCUUGGGUCCCAUCCUCCCGUCGCAUCACGUUCCCUGCGAUGAGAGCACGUCGCACGUGUCGCAUCAUCCCGUGCGACUAGCAUCGCUCGACGUUUUCCGUGGAAUGGGCAUCGUCGCCAUGAUAGUGGCACUGGACGUGGGUUCCGAGGUGCCAUGUGUGGGAGUGUCUCCCUGGGACGGGCUGCAGCUAGGAGACCUCGUUGCGCCCUUCUUCCUCUUCGCCUCGGGCGUUGCAGCGGCGCUCACGUUCAGAGCCGUCCACAGCCGCACGGCGGCCGUGCAUAAGAUUCUUAGACGCGCCUGCUGCCUCUUUCUUCUUGGCCUCUUCCUUGAAGGUGGUUUCCUGCACAGAACAGGGGACCUGAGUUUCGGCAUCAGUCUGACGCGCAUGCGCAUCUGUGGCACGCUGCAGCGCAUAGCCGUGGCCUACGCCGUGGUAGCCCUGGCGCAGGUGCUGCUGUCCAAGCCUAAGGAUAGCUACACAGAGGGAUACGGGGAGGGGCUGUCCGGCCUGUUAUCCUUCUCCCUCCUCACCUGGCAGGCAUCUCUCAUGCUAGCUGCGAUCUACCUCGCGCUCACCUUCCUCCUCUUCGUGCCUGACUGGACCUUCACUCCCCCCACCUCCUCCGCCUUCCUCUCUGCUGUCAACACGACCUUCCUUCCCCACGCUGGGUCACCUGUCAGCAGCACGUCUCGAGACCUACUGGUGGUGUGCUCUCGCACUGGAGACCUCUCCCCAGCCUGCAGUGCUGCGGGCUACAUUGACCGACUGCUUCUCACCACCAAUCACCUCCUCGCCUCGCCUCCCUACAUCCACCUGCCUAUGUGCGGUGUGCCCUCCACUCCCCUUUCGCCGCCUUCACUCCUCGCCCUCCCAUCCUCUGGCGACCAGGCGCCCCCUGUGUGGUGCUCUGCGCCGUUUGAGCCCAUGGGGCUGCUCAGCACGCUGGGCGCCACGCUCACAGCCUUCAUGGGCUUGCACCUGGGCCACAUCAUCACCAGCUUUCAGAGCCAUGCAGCGCGCAUCAUCAACUGCCUCCUCUUCGCUGCUCUCCUCGUGGCAGCUGGUUUCCUCCUCCAGUUUCCCUUCUCCUUCUCCCUCCACCACGCCAUCCCCCAUGCAAACAUCCCCGAGUGGCUUGACAUAUCCUACCCUGGUCUGCCUUUCAAUGCUCAGCUGUACUCACUAAGCUAUGUCCUGAUAACAGCAGGAGCUGCCGCACUCCUUUUCGCCCUCAUCUACCUUUUUGUGGAUGCGGCAGGGGUGUGUUUCUACACGCUGCUCUUUGAGUGGAUGGGCCGCAACUCCCUCUUCCUCUUCCUUGCUUGUGCCACUCCUCUCCUCUCCUCCAUCGCUGCUGGCUUCUACUGGGAGGACCCACAUGAAAAUCUCGUGUCACUUCUACAUAAUCUGCUGCUAUGGGCAGGCCACGACCCCAAAACAGCAGCCAUCAUAACGGCUGCACCUUCCCUCGUGGUGCUCUGUUCUGUGCUCUUCGGCAUUGUCAGCCGACAUAGUCUGCAAAGGACGUGGCAAGGUCCUGUCAGACUCAUGGCAGCGUUCCUCGUCAUCACUCUCAUCUUCUUCGCGCUCGGCUUCCUAGGAUGCGUUCUCGUUAGGGUCCUCUACGAUAAAGGCCCUUCAACGAACCUGCUGCAUGUCACGCUGGUCAUCACGGCAACCGUCUGCUGCUGGCUCUCGUGGGCGAUUGUGUACAUGGCACAGAUGCAUCCUCUUGUGGUGCCUAUACUCAAGGCGGAAGGAGAAUAA